GACACAUUCCUCGGCGGCGAAGACUUUGACAACGCUUUGGUGAACUUCUUGGCCAAAGAGUUCAAACGCGAUCAGGGCGUGGAUGUGACCAAAGACGUGAUGGCAAUGCAACGGCUCAAAGAGGCCGCCGAGAAGGCGAAGAUCGAGUUGUCGGCGUCGGUGCAGACGGACAUCAAUCUGCCGUACCUAACGAUGGACGCGGGCGGACCCAAACACAUGAACCUGAAGCUGAGCCGAUCCAAGUUCGAGUCACUGGUGGCCGAUCUGAUUAAGCGUACGAUCGAUCCGUGCCGUAAGGCCAUCGCCGACGCGGAGGUGCAGAAGUCUGAGAUACAGGAAGUGCUUUUGGUCGGCGGUAUGACUCGUAUGCCUAAAGUGCAGGAAACAGUUCAGGAGAUAUUCGGUCGCCAGCCGUCCAAAGCGGUGAAUCCGGACGAAGCCGUUGCUGUGGGCGCUGCCGUUCAGGGAGGAGUCCUGUCCGGGAAUGUGACCGAAAUUCUUCUGCUGGACGUGACUCCGCUGUCUCUGGGAAUCGAGACGUUGGGCGGAGUGUUCACUAAAUUGAUUAACAGGAAUACCACUAUUCCCACGAAGAAGUCGCAGGUGUUCUCCACCGCAGCCGACGGCCAGACACAGGUCGAGAUCAAAGUAUGUCAGGGCGAGCGCGAGAUGGCCACAGACAAUAAGGUUUUGGGACAGUUCUCGCUGAUCGGUAUCCCACCCGCGCCCAGAGGUAUACCGCAGAUUGAGGUGACUUUCGAUAUCGACGCCAAUGGCAUCGUUCACGUGUCGGCCAGAGAUAAGGGCACCGGAAAGGAGCAGCAGAUUGUGAUCCAAUCGUCCGGCGGUCUGUCGAAGGAUGACAUCGAGAAUAUGAUUCGAAACGCGGAGAAGUUCGCCGAAGAGGACAAGAGGAAGAAGGAGGUCGUGGAGGCCGUGAAUCAGGCGGAAAGCAUUAUACACGACACGGAGACCAAAAUGGAUGAAUACAAGGAUCAGUUGCCCGCCGAAGAGGUCCAGAAGCUGAAGGAGAAGAUCUCGAAGACGCGCGAAGUGUUGCAAAACAAAGACAAUGAGACGCCAGAGAAGCUGAAGGAGACGACCAAUGAUUUACAACAGGCGUCGCUUAAGCUCUUUGAGUUGGCCUAUAAGAAGAUGACCGCCGAUAGAGAGGCCUCGCAAUCGUCGUCUUCUUCCUCCUCAUCGAGCAGUUCGUCAACGGAUGAGACGAUAGACCAAAACGAUAAGAAAGAAGAAGAGAAGAAGAAUUAA